CUUUCUACUCCACUCCACACGAAAACAAAUCCCUCUCUUUAAUUUUUUUUUCCCCUAACGCUCCCAUUUCAUUAUAUAUCCCUCUUGCUUUCCCUUCAAAGCUCAACCUUCCUCUGUUUCCCCUGCUUUCUCUGUUUCUCUCACUCGCACUCAAUAAACACAUCUUAUGCCAGCCUGUUUUUCUGCAAUUAACUCUGUCUAUCUAACUACUCAAAGAUGGGUAAUUGUUUUGGCCGUUACGAAUACUAUUCAGGACUUGCCAUAGUAGGUGCCAUGGCAAAGCAGAGUAAAGUGGUAAGGGUAGCAAAGUUGGAUGGGAAGAUAUUAGAGUUUAGCUCACCUGUUCUUGUGAAGGAUGUGUUGAAAAAUUUUCCAGAGUUACAUAUUGGGGCAUCUAAUAAAGCCUCGGAGUCAGAGCAUCUUUCCCCAGACUAUGAACUCAGAGCUGGAAGAUUGUAUUACUUGCUUAACCCUCAGUGUGAUCCCCCUUCAAAUGUUUCUUCCGCCGGCAACAGAGAGCUGACCAAUGGCAGUAAGAGGGUCAAAAUUGUUAUAACAAGGAAACAGCUAGAAAUGCUAGUGUCCAAGCAGAUCUCUUUAGAGGAUGUACUGUCCCAAGCCCAUGAUAGGACUUCUGAUCUCCCAAGCAGUUGGAAGCCCAAACUGGACUCCAUCCCUGAAGGGUUCGAGUAGCAUGUAUAAAUAUGUCCUUUCUUUCUUUCCUUCUUUUGUUUUCUCUUCUUGCUGUUUAGCCUUUUCUUUUCCUUCUUCCUUUUUUUGUUCCUGUAAUUUUGUCCUGUUCUCCUUAGAUGACAUGGCCAUUGUCGUAGUUGAAAGGAGAAAAAGGAAGAAGCAAAGAAAAGGCAAAUGUAAAAGCUAGUAUAAACUAUAUGAUAAAUAGGAAGUUGAGGUCGAUUUUCACUUUGCUCACUCAUUUUGUAUUUGCGGUUUUCAUAUGUAAUUGUGUGUUCUAAGUUUUAACAAUGACAGACGGUGGCUUAGUGCUC